AUGCCAAAACACGGUCGACAAGCCGAUAACGAGGAGCUCGAAGACCACCUUGCUGUCGUCUUCAGUCCAUCCCACGUUGCCGGCAGCACUCAAAAGCCGACAAGCAUCACCAGCGGAGAUGAUGGUGAUGUCUUUCUCGACACAGCCAGUAUCAAUGCUCUUAGCCUGACAGCUUCCGGAUCGCCGCUGAAGAAGCAGAAGCUGGAAGCCGAUCGACCACAAGUUCCCAGUUCGAUAUUGGCUAAGAAGAAGGCAGAGCAGCAGUACAUCGACACCGGGCAACAUCGAGCGGAGAAUCGGCAACGGACCGAAGAGAUUGUUGAGGUGUUUCUACCUAAGAAGAGCCUCAAGGUGAAGCUGUCCUUUGACGGCUGUCAGCAGAGACGUCUUCCUCUCUACUACCAACAGUUGCACCGAAGUCUGCUCACAAUCGGAAACCUAGCUAGCGACAGAUACAACAGGAGUCCCUUCACAGCUCCAGAAAUGUGGGAUCACGAGAAAUCUCGGCUCAAGUUCCACGCGAGCCCAUACCCGGAAUUUCUCAACCCGACUCCGCAAGCCGCGAGGCUUGUCUACGAACGCCUGCAGAAAUGGGAGGACGAGCACUUCGGCAUCAACAUCGAUCCGCAAGGGCACGAUCUCGAGCCUGGUGUCGAGGCCACGGCCAGCGUCUCCGUUGACACGCUUGCUCGCGUCUUCCUCGCGCAGACCACGAGCAAUCACCUAGCCCUGGUCGUUCAGGAUCUGCUCCGGCAAGCAUUUCCAUACAUCGUCAUUGGCAAACAAGUCGUUGGAAAGAUUCCUAAUUGGCACAAGGUGCGGACAAGCACGCAGGCCGAGCUCAUCAGGGUAGUUAGAGGUGCUGGAAUUGUGGAAAAGCGCACCAUGUUCAUCAAAUACAUGCUGCAGCUUGUCUACAACUUUCAUGUUGCAAUGGCCAUCUCAGGAAAUGGCGGCACACUUCCAACUGAUUUGGAGCUCGGCCAAGAGCCAAAUACCCCUGAAUUUGUCCCCGGAAUCCUGUCAGUUGACUUUCUCCUUCACUGCCCAGAGAAGAUGGCAUGGGCUUUCCUUCUGAAUCUCCACGGCAUGGGAAUUAAGUCCGCGGCCUGUCUCAUGGCCUUCAAUCUACAUCGCGAUGUCAUCGCAGUGGACACGCAUAUCGCGAAGAUGUGCUCGAUCCUCGGAUGGGUGCCAGCCAAGGCCAUGAACAACAAUGAUCAGAUGUUCCGACACAUCAUGGCACGCAUCCCAAAAGAGCUCAUGCACGCUCUUCAUCAACUGUUCUGGCAUCAUCCACAGCACUGCAAGCGAUGCUACAACAAGAUCACCUCCCCUCCCUCCCCUGGCGCAGCUGGCAAGGAUAUCUGCCCUCUCGAGGACCUAGUCGAUCGCAGCAGAGGACCCAAAUCUUCUCCCGCGGAAGACUCUGCCACAGACGGCUCGUCACACUUGUCUUCAGCAUCGGCUUCGCCUCUCUCCCUAGCAACUGUGUCCGAUGACAUUGACGUUCCAACCACUCCGACCAAGAAACUUCGCGCGUCCAGUUCCAAGAAACCCAGUCCCAGAAAGCCUUCCCCCAAGAAGCUCACCGGCCAUGUCAAGAUGAUCGACUGGUGCUACCGCGGCACCCUCAGCGAUGAAGAGGCUGCAGCACGCGGCAUGGUGCUCGGAAGUGCACCCAUCGACAAUGAUUUCGGGACCGGAAGGAUCGUGAAGCAUCUGGAAUAUUGGUACACGCCACAGUUCUGGAUGUGGCCGGUUGGGCAAUUGAUUGAUCUGGGAAGUGGUGGUGCGGAUGGGUUUGGGGAUGAGAGGAGAGGGAGGAAGGUUGAUGAAGCGGGAGAGUACUUGGACUAA